AUGAAUUCCGUCUACGGUAAAGUUUUGCUGAUGGUGGUGUGCAGCACGCUGCUGGUUAGCGUAACCGGGGCUCCCAACGCUUGCGGCAAGCUGGAUCUGAAGACGGAUCCAUUCACCUGCUGCACCAUCCCGAAGCUGCUGGACGUGUCCAUCGUGAGCACCUGCUUCGAGAAGUUCCCGAUCGAUAAGGACGCUGCGGAUAAGGGUGCCGGUGGUAUACCCAAGACGGAGUGCAUGUCGGAGUGUAUUUUGAACAGUACCGGCAUCUACAACCGUCGUGGCGAUGUCGACGAGAAGAAACUGAACAGCGUGUUUAUCGACAGCCUGCCGGAGAACAGCCCAUGGUUGAGCGUGGUCCGCAAGGCAAUCAAGGAGUGCACGGCGAAGGCAAACAAGCAGGACAAGGAGUUCGAGAAGGCCGUGGCGGAUCAGAAGAAAAGUGCCGGCAAGGGAACGCAGGUAUGCAAUCCGGAGGCCAGCUUCCUGGUCGAUUGCAUCCACACGACGGUGUUCAGCGAUUGUCCGACCAACUUGCGCUCGACCUCAACGGAAUGCGAUGCCAUCUGGAAGUUCCUGAAGCAGUGCCCAUUCAGUGCCCUCCGCCAGUAG